ACUUCCCGUUGGUACGUGUCAGUAUCUGCUGUGUGUCACCAUCGCUGGCCCUGCACCUCCUGCAUAAGAAGUGACAGGCUGCUUCAGUCCUGCAGGUACAAAAAGAUUAUUUUCAUUUUCCAGGUGGUAACUAUGACGACUGAGAAGCUGCUCACUUGGAUGAAUUCAAGUCACUGAUUGAAUAGCAGAAAGUUUCAAUCCUCAUCUCAAGUAGCAAACUGAAAGCAGCAAACACUCAGGAUGUAGUGAAUGUGAUGAUGGAGAAUUACAGCCAAGAGUGUGUGGAGGUGACCAGAAAGGCUUUAAUGAAGAUGAGCAGAUUCUGGUGCAGAGAUUAUCAGGUAUCACCUCAGGAACCAAAUACAAGUCAAAAACAAAUAAAUAUGUAAAAAAUGAACACAUGGAGAGGAUGGAGAGCAGACAAUACAUGCCUGCAGGUCCUCUGAUGGACGUCACAGUCGCUGCUGGGAAGUUAAAUGAAGUUCACCUGCCACACUGGAUCUGCAUCGAUGACAUCCCUGACAUAUUGGACAUGUUUGCAGUCGUUCACAUAGAUGACUGUGGAGAUGUUGUGGAAAAAGUGUCUGAGGUCACACCAUCACAUGUCAAGUUAACUGAACCGAUUUUCUCUCUGAGAGCGGUCCUGAUGAAACUCGGCGUUCCUGUGAAAAUCAACUGUAACGUGUUGAUAUAUCAGACCAACACAGCUUUCCUCACACUGCAUGUUUAUCUGAUCCCACGUGAUCCUGGUCUACAGCAGACGAUGGACCGGAGAGAAGAAUCCUGUGGAUACAAAGUCAUCCGAAAGCCACAUCCAGAAAAGUCCUUGAAAAUGUUUCAUCGUUUCAUCCUAAGAGCAGAUUUGGAUGGUGCAGAAAUCUGUCCUCAGGUGUUAAAGCUCAGAUAUGAAAGCAGAACUCCAAAUUUCUUUGAAGUGUACAUGAAGAAUCCAGACAGAGACUUCCAGCUCAGACUCACACCAAAAAAAGAGCUUCAGUCAGUUUGGACCCGCACUGUUAGAAAAGAUGAAUACCAAAGAAGUGGUAAAGUACAAGAAAACCACUUUGUGGAUAAACACAGAGUGGAGCUGAUCCAGAGAGUGAGCAACAUCGAGCUGAUUCUGGAUGAGCUCCUGAAAGAAAAAGUUAUCCAGCAGGAAAGUUAUGACAGAAUCAGAGCUCUGCAGACCUCUCAGGAAAAGAUGAGGGAACUCUACAGCGGUCCCCUGAAAGCUGGCAGUGCCUCCAAAGAUGUCUUCUACCAAAUCCUUCAGACACACGAGAGACUCCUUGUUAAUGACCUCUGCUGAAAGAACGUUUGCUGAAAUCCAUUUUGUGUUCUACAGUGAAAGUAUUUACAAAAGGGAAAUGCUGACAUUGUCUCUGUGUUUCUGAUAUAAACAUAAGAAAUAUCAGACUCUUUGUUUUAUGCUUUAAUAUGAUAGUGGGCGGAUUUAUUACGCUGGUUAUAAUUUGGACCUGGUGACAUCAUACAGGCUGAAUAUGAAUGUUUACUCUGUUGUUAAUAAUUACAGGUGCUGGUUGCUGUACAUGAAUCCUGAAAACAGGAAAGAAAUAAUGAGACUGGGAGACGUGUCACAGAUGAGCUUUCGUCCCACUUCAAACUUUGUCUUUUGCAUAUUUAAUAUUUUCAAAUCUUCCUCACAAAUUCAAAUAAAAAAAUCAUAAUAUUCGUCCAUCUAAAAGUUUUAUAGACAGUAUAAUGUUCAGAAUUGAAAUAAAAUGUCUUUCUAUAAUUUUGUUUGGUUUUCUUACGGUGAGCUGAUUUUGCCCAUAAACACAUUCUGCUGCUGCGUUUACGACAGGAUCCCUCCUUUAAUAACAUCUGUUUCACAUGAUAAUUAGACGCUAAAGUUUCAUUAAAGCACAACACAAACGUCCAUGUGUAGAAGAAGCAGCUGUUUGUGGUGAUCAGAGUUAUCAGACUUUUACAGUUUUUGUAUUUUUAUUUUGACAUUUUCUUUAAAUUCAGUUUUGUUCAGUUAGUUUCCAGAGAGCGUUUUCUCAUUUCAGUUUAGAGUUUAGUGUUUGUAAACGUUUUGUUGUACUUUUUGUGAAUUUCAGUGUUUUGGUCUUUGAAACUAUUAACUCUUUGGUUUUCUGUCAAAAACAUGAUGAAAACCGGCACAAGAAUAAAGUUAAUUCCGGCAAAUUUAAAUUUCUGAGCUCAACAGUCCUCUCCUCAAACUGGCUGUUCUUCUGCUUGUAUUUCCGCUCUCUGUCGGGCCUCCAGGAAACCGCAGGUCUUCCUCUUUGCUGACAAACGUUUAGUGAAUAACUGAAACUCACAGUAUUAAAGAUUUAUACCGUCUGUGGUAAAUUACAGCCAGAAACCCGAGUAUUCAGUCAGAAAUAAGUAGCUAAAUACUAUUGGUAUGUGAAUGUAAUCCUUACUUCGGAUUGGAGCUUUUUCUUGUUAAUAAAUUCCGAAUUUUUUAAUCGUGUGCCUGGUGCCAGAUUGAUGUGCAGCCCUGCGAAGCGAAGGCGGGCUGACAGCUGGGAGGAGAGAGAGGCAGAAACGCGGAAGUUUUUCAGCUUCAUUGUUAAGAGAAAGUGAGAGAAGCAGCGGGAGAACAGCGCCUCACACUAAGCUGCUUCACAAA